AUGCAUCACGAGAUUGUCGCUCUUGAGGAGCAUCAGCAGCCCCUUCCACUGCAAGGCUUCAACUUCCCCGCCACCACUACCCACAACCUGACAGCAUACCCGACGACGUCGACGCGUGAAGAGCUCCACUCCCGCAUCCACAACGCCACGAUAAUCAUAACCACGACGAUCAAGCUUGAUGCCGAAACAUUGCGCCCCAGUAUUACUCCAAACCUCCGCUACAUUGCCAUCUCCGCGACCGGAACAGACCCUGUGGACCUCGAUGCCUGCCGGGCCCGCAAUAUUCGCGUUACAAACUGCCCAGGGGCCAAUAUCGAUGCUGUUUCGGAACAUGCCAUAGGCCUGUACUUUGCUGCCAGACGGCGCACCGUGUUGCUGGACCGCGUUACUCGUGCGCAGCCUAGCGAGUGGAAGGCCCAGGGUAGCGUGAAGCAGUAUAUGCGCCUGCCGGAUGGCAUGCCUCCGAUAACCUGCAAGGAUGAGGUCAUGGGCGUGAUCGGAUAUGGGGGUAUUGGGAAGCGAGUCGCUGCGCUAGGGCAAGCAUUGGGCAUGCGCGUGCUUAUCGCCAGUCGAAAGACACCAGCGACGCCUCCCGUCGACAGCGGACUACCAGCUCCAGAUCCUUCCGACGACCGCAUGCCAUUUGACGAUGUGCUGCGUAACUCCACCGUCCUUGUUCUGUCUCUGCCGCGAAACGCCGAGACUCUCAACCUCAUCUCCACCGCGGAAUUCGAGAAGAUGCACCCCUAUGCCGUGUUGAUCAACAUUGCGAGAGGCGGCAUAGUGCACGAGGCAGCGGUAGUGCAAGCUUUGAAGGAAAGGCGCAUAGCCGGCUAUGCCACGGACGUCUAUCAGGUGGAACCUAUCGGCGGACCCGAAGACACGCCGCUGCUGGAGGAAGAUAUAAAGGACCUCAAUAUCACGUUGAGUCCUCAUUUAGCCUGGUUUUCGACAAGGUCGAUCAAGAACCUUGGUGCGAUUCUGAAAGAGACUAUAGAGGGUUAUGUAAGCGGCAACGAGAUUAACGUCAUUCUCUAA